AGUAUUUAGUACCACCUUCUAUAGACGAUGGGUCAUAUCACGAUCGGAAAGGAACCGGGGGAUUCUUCCCGCCGGCAAAUCCUGCAAUCAGAUGACGCCACGUCAAACCCACGUAAGCCAACCGUCAAGCUCCUCCUCGUAUUCGCCACCCUCCUUAUUUUCGCCUGUGCUGUUUCUGUCGGCGUUUUGGUCGGAAUACGUGGCAAAUCCGGCUCCAGGAAUAACAGAAUAACCGCCAAGCCGAGCCAAGCCAUGGCUCGGAGCUGUGGGAAGACUCUGUACCCGAGCCUCUGCUUCAGCUCACUCCUCGACUUCCCCGGCGCAACCUCCGCCACGGACGCCGAUCUGGUCAAUAUUUCAGUCAACGUUACUCUCCGGCGAGCUGGUUCGACACUCUACGGUAUCAACGACGUCAUCAAUGUCGAAAUGGACACCCUCGUCCGGUCGGCGUACGAGGAUUGCCUCGAGCUUCUCGAGGACUCGGUGGACCUCCUCGACCGCUCGCUGAGCUCCCUUCAGUCCGGAGGGAGCGCCCGAGAGGAUGUUGCCACGUGGCUGAGCGCCGCUUUGACUAAUCACGACACGUGUAUGGAAGGAUUUGCCGACGCCAGUAAUGGGGCUGUGAAAGAUCUGGUGACGAAAAGGUUGAAGGACAUGACUGAACUGGUCAGCAACUGCUUGGCAAUCUUCGCCUCCGCAAACGGCGGAAAUGAAUUCGCUGGUGUGCCAAUUCAGAAUCGCCGGCGCAAACUCUUGGGCUAUCAUGACUCUGUAAUGGGAUCGUCCGAGCACAGUGGUUUCCCGAAAUGGGUAUCGGAGAGUGAUCGGAAAUUGCUGGGCACAUCGGCUCUUCCAAUUCAAGCCGACAUAAUUGUGGCUAAGGAUGGAACCGGAACUGUGAAGACGAUCACUGACGCCAUUAAAAUGCUGCCAGAGCACAGCACUCGCCGGACCGUCAUUUACAUAAAGGAAGGAGUGUACGAAGAACAUAAUCUGAAGAUUGGGAAGAAAAAAACGAACGUGAUGUUAAUUGGAGAUGGGAAGGGCAAAACGGUGAUUACGGGCAAGAAAAGUGUUUCUCAAAAGCUCACCACAUUCCAUACUGCAUCAUUUGCUGCAACUGGAAAUGGAUUCAUAGCCAAAGACAUUACAUUCCAAAACACGGCAGGCCCGAUGAAGCAUCAAGCGGUGGCCCUCCGUGUAGGAGCCGACCACGCGGUGAUUUACCACUGCCAAAUCAUUGGAUAUCAAGACACCCUCUAUGUCCAUUCCCAACGUCAAUUCUAUCGUGAAUGUGACAUUUACGGCACUGUUGACUUCAUCUUUGGCAACGCUGCCGUUGUCAUCCAGAAAUGCAACAUCUAUGCCCGAAAGCCCAUGGCCAACCAAAAGAACACUAUCACGGCCCAGAACCGAAAAGACCCGAAUCAGUACACGGGCAUUUCCAUCCACGCUAGCAACAUCCUCGCAGAUGCAGACCUCGACGCAUCCAAGGACACCACCCCUACAUUCCUAGGACGGCCUUGGAAGAUGUACUCAAGGACAGUUUACAUGUUGUGUUACAUUGGGGACCAUGUUGACCCUAGGGGUUGGCUAGAGUGGAAUGGGGAUUUUGCACUUUCCACAUUGUACUAUGGUGAAUACAUGAAUAAUGGGCCAGGUUCGGGUCUGGCCCAACGGGUGAAUUGGCCCGGGUAUCGUGUUAUUAAACUCGAGACGGAGGCAAACAUGUUCACCGUGUCUCGUUUAAUCUCGGGUUCAUCUUGGUUGCCAUCUACAGGAGUUGCUUUCUUGUCUGGUCUUAGCACAUGACCCGGCUCUCUAUACGUCAUAUACGGUAUAUAUAAACAUACAAUUCGUAUAAUUAUAUAUGUGUGUGUAAAUCAAUGAAUAAUUUUGAUUAUAAUAGAAUAACUAAUAUUGUUCUUUUAAUUAACUAAUUCUUAUAAUAUUAUACAAUCAUUUAUGUAAUCAUAUUGUAAUAACUUUUAAUAAAAUUGAUAAUUCAUUUGUUGCAUCUUCAUUGCUAAGAUUCAAGAAUCACAAUUUCCACACAUAUAUCUCCACUUAUAUACCAAAAG